UUUUAAUUUCCAAGUUGUUUUCCCCCACCUGACCAUACUUGGCUCCAAAUCAAAAGCUCUGCAAUAUGUGUGUCCUUGUAAGGGCCCUGACUAGAUGAGUAUCAACAGGCUGAGAAGAGAGGAGCGUUGGUCAUGAGAUAUUUACUGAGUCUUCCCCGGGUAGCCUCACAGGCUUUUAGCACAACAGCCCGGCAAAUGAAAAACAAGGUGCCGGAGAGACAGAAGGUUUUUCUGGAGGACAAUGGUCUUCCUGUCCAUAUUAAAGGGGGGACCACAGAUGUCCUUCUCUACCGCUUAACCAUGACCAUCACAGCUGCAGGCACUGCCUUUUCCUGUUACUGGUUGCUGUUGGCCAGUAUUCCCAGGAGUAAAGCACAAUAAGGACAGAUUAAUAACUUUGAUGACUAACUAUCUGAUGCUGUACAAAUCUAUUUUAUGUCCAAUACCUUGAUGAAUUAAAUGAGUAUAAUACUUCCAACCACUGGGCCUCUUUCCAAAGAAAACCACUCUAGUGUCAGCCAGGUCACGUGUGUGUUAAACAUGUAAUUAACGCCACCUAGCGGCCACAGUAAAAGCCUGCUUAAAAGGCAAUUUCGGGUUCAAUACAAGUUAAGCUCAAUCGACAGCAUUUGUGACAAAUAUUUUGACUUGCCUCUCCUAAAAUAAAAUCUGGAUUCCAGUGAGGCACUUUCAAUAGAUGUGAAUGUGGCCAAUUUGUAAAUGUUUCAAAAGUAUAGCUACAAGACAAAAACGACAUGAUUUUAGUGUGAUCAAAUUGGUUACUAAACUUUUGUGUAAAUGUAUAUGCAAUUUUACAACUUCUUUGUGGUGACAAUGUAAUGUCAACAAACCCUAAAACAACUUUAAAAAAUAAAUGUUGCAGCUCAAAUAAUACAUAAGUUUAACAUAUUUAUGUAAAAGCUUUCACAAAAUUAAAAGCUUCUGAUUUCUGCCUUUAAAUCCUCCAAAAAUUCACUUCCAUUAUCAAUCUCACUGUAACCUCAAUUUUUGCUUUUUUUUUUUUAAAGAAAAAGGAGGUAAUCAACAUUAUGCCACAAAUGCUGUCAACUGACCUUAACUUGUAUUGAACCCAGAAUAUUCUUUUUACUUUCCAGUUCACUUUUCUGAAUUUAACAGUGCAGUCAUUCAUUUUUUCCCUGUUAAAAUAUUUUACACAAAGAAAUUAGAUAGUACAAAACAAUACUUUGGAUAUUUUCGGUAACAUUCAGUAGCAUUUAAUACAAAUGUGAAGAAAAGCAUGCAUAAGUGCAAUAAAUUAGCCUUUCUCAUUAAGCUUGUGGUCAAAAUUGCAUUAAAAAAAAAAAAAAACAA